AUGGCAGUAACGAUAACUAAGAAUAAAAAAGGACCUAUCAUAGAUCCCGCAUUAUGUCGAUGUUGUCGUUCAAUAAAAAAAUGCCGUCUCUUAUCGACCGAAUACGAAUGGAUGGGAAAUAAGGAGGUGUACUCCGAUAUGCUUAUGGAUUGCUUUGGAUUACUUCUAUCACAUCUAGAUGGUGAUAACAAAGACACUUGCAUCUGUGCAACCUGUGUGUGCAGGUUACGAGAGGCUUGUGCAUUCCGACAGCAAGUUUUGCAGUCAGAGGAGGUCUUCAUGAAGGCAAAACUUGAUGGAAAUAGAGAUGACAAUUUACCACAAUUCAUGGUGGAACUGAAAGUCGAACCAAUAGAAGAGGUUGAAACCGAUAUUCAAAUGGAUAAUGUAACUGAUAUAAUUGAGAACCAAGAAGAAAAACCAACUCUAGAUAUUAAUGUCAAAAUGAAUAAGUCAACCAUAAAAGUACCUAGACGGAGAUCAGUUCGUACAAAACAUGUCACUUCAGAUCCAAUGAAGAGUGAAGUUAACAAAAUAAGAAGGAAGAAAGUUAGGAUGGAUGAUUUACUGGAUACAGAAAUACAGGAAAAGAAAUCAAUUUCUAGGAAGGCGAAAAAAUCUAUUAUUGAUCAUGAACAGAUGGCCUACGCUAACACAGUGACUAUAGUUCACAAUUCCUAUGUCUGUCCGUUCCAUAACAAAGUGAGCAAUUACUAUUGCUACUACUGCAAGGAUCAAUUUACGAAUCCCAUUGAAUUACGCGAACAUACAAUGUCACAUGAUCCUAAAACUCUGUUUGAAAGCAUGAUGGAUAAUAGAAAGAUACCAAAAAUCGAUAUCACAAGAAUCGAUUGUCGAUUGUGUCAGGAAAAAAUCGAUAAUCUUGAAACAUUGAAACAGCACCUCACUAUUAUCCAUGGUAAAGAAUUACAUCCAAUCGAGAACGAGUUUUUAAAAUUCAGAUUGACAUUAGACAAUUUAACUUGUACGGAAUGUAAGAGCACAUUUCCUUAUUUUGAUCUAUUAAAAAAACAUAUGGUUGAACAUUUUGGUACAUUUAUUUGUGAUAUGUGUGGAGCUUGUUUCUUAGAACAGACGUCGUUACGCACUCAUAUAAAAUCGCAUAAUAAAAUCGAGGCGUGCUUUCCUUGUGAGAUUUGUGGGAAAAAUCUCAAAUCUAAAUACAGUAGGUACUUACAUGUAGCGACAGUUCAUGAAAAAAAACCAACCGUUAAUUGUUACAAAUGUGAAGAUAGCUUCCUCUCGUAUGCAUUAAGAAAUCGACAUCUGAUAGAAGUUCAUGGAGAUAAAAGGACAUUCCCUUGCAAAUUGUGUGAUAAAGUUUACAACAGAAGAAAAACAUUAAUGGAACAUAAUCGUCGUAUACAUUUAAAAGUUUACAGACAUCAGUGUGAUUUGUGCGACCAAAGGUUUUAUUUGCCGUCAAGAUUGAAAGAGCAUAUGGCAACACAUACCGGUGAAAGGAACUUUCGUUGUGAAUUCUGUGAUAAAAGUUAUCCAAGGUUACAGUCGUUGCAAGAACAUUUACGUUCACACAGUAAUGAGAGACGGUAUAAAUGUGAUAUAUGCAAUUCAACUUUCACACAAAAUGGCAGCCUCAAAAGUCACUUGAAGAGUCACCAUCAAGGAUAUGAAGUGGAAUCCAGCUUUAAUUAAUCAAGAAA